UUUCCACGCUUCAAGCAAGCAGAGGCAAACUGAAUCAACAAUAGUUGUACAUGGGUUCGCUGUCGAGAACGUUCUGCUCUAUUUCUUUUUAAAGCACAUUGUUGGCAUUGGAUUUAUACAUUUAAGGCGAAAAAGGAUCAUCAUGAAUGAAGAAGAGCAGUUUGAGAAUAUUGAUCUUAAUGAUGACAAUGUUUGCAGUGUGUGCAAACUGGAAACUGAGACAGGAACAUUGUCAUUUUGUCAUAUAUGCUUUGACCUUAGUAUAGAAGGUGUACCAAAGUCAACGCUGCUGCACUCAACAUCUUUCAGAGGUCACAGAGACUGUUUUGAAAAAUACCAUUUAAUAGCAAACCAGAAAUUUUCCAUAGCCAAAUCUUCUACAAGCACAUACAAAGGCAUGAAAAAUGCUCUCAGCCAAAAAAUUAGCUGGAUUGUACAAUAUGCGCAAAACAAAGAUGCAGUCUCGGACUUGGAGCAAAAAACUGGCAAGCAUGAGCUACUCUGCUAUACUCAGCAAGGUGAUCGGAAACUUGUUCCCCAGAGUGACUCACAAGUGCCUCGUUAUACACCAAGAUGGACAGAGCAGAAUGGCCUCCCAGAGUAUACCAAAGGCAUUUUUGAGUCUAGUCAGUUGAGACUUGGAUUAAUUUCAGGAUCUGGCUCUUCAUACCCCUCAGACAGAAUUAUGUGGCCUGGGACAAAACGGUCUCAGGAAUCUGAGAAACAAUCAGUUGAAUCAAACAGUUCUUUAACUCGAAGAUAUAAAUGCCAUACAAAAGAAGAAUUAACAAAAAUGACCCUUGAAGAUUUGGCCCAACUAAAUGAAAAGCUUCGCUGCCAGAUUCAAGUCAUUUUUGAAGAGCUGGCCCAGGAAGUCCAGGAGAAGGACUCUUUGACAUCAGAACUUCAUGUACGACACAUUGCCAUUGAACAGCUUUUCAAAAACUGCUCCAAGUUGCCUUGGCUUCAGAUAGGACGAGCUAGAAACAAAGCCAGCAAUGCGACUCUUCAGUGAAGACAAUUUUUGACUUUUGGAUCUACAGACGUUUUCUGAUUUUUGGAAUAUUCUUCACAAACUUAAACUGAGUGGGUUUUUGAAAAAGAUGAGAAAAAUUUAAAAAAUUGACAACCAGUUGUGUGCCUGAAAAUCAUAAUUCCAGCAGAUAGAAUGUGUUAAAAGUGGUGGCUAUAUACUAUAAAGACAAGUAAAACUGGAACUUUCAUGUUUUGUUAAAGAGCACGGGCAAAAGAGCACCAGAUCUUUUAAGUUUAGUCCCUGGAUUUGAUACAGUGGAGUUGAAGAUUUCAGUUUCAUCUUACUCUUUCAUGGGAGAAAAAAUCUUCAGGACUAGAGAGGACACUGUGAAAAAGUUACACAAUAUAAUGAAAUGAAAAGCAAUUGAUCAAAUCCUUUGUUAUAAUGGACUGCUCAAGUGUGUAAAUCUAUGCAGUUUUGCUUAUCUGAUAAGGUUUUGGUGCCAAGGACCAAGUAUACAGUAUAGACUUCUAGAAGAUUUUGUGUUUCUAAAUUUCUUUUCACUUUUGGUCCUGCCUUUUGCUGCUUAUUCGUUUUUGAAGUACAAGCCAGAGCUUCACCAGUUUUCAUCUUCACCCUUGGUUUUUCAAAGUAUUUAUUUUGCUGCCAUUUAUAAAAAAUAAAAAUAAUUCUUUGAAUAUUUUUUUAAUCAGUUUAUUGUAUUUAUUUGCAGUGCUUUGCAUUUGCUGAUGGGUUUAUACAUUAUUUUCUUUUGGAUAAUGUUGAUUUUUGCCCUGUUUUAAAUUGAAAUUGCUGCAGUUGCUAGUCAGCAGUAGAUGCCCAAAUGUGACCUCAACUAAAUAAGUAAAAUAAGGAAGGAAAAUGAUGUUGAAAUGGGGAGGACACUGAGCGGUCUUAGGGUUUCAUGCUGUUUUCCUCUUCUCAACAUAUGUAUCCAUCCUCUUGCAGACCCAAACACUUCUCUUUUCUGGAGUAUUUGGCACGCUGGGUACCAGAACUAAUGAGAUAAAAAUUGACACAAAGGGAAAAAAUGCAGUGUUGAAGAUUUUUUGUUGGAGUUCUCUGUGAAGUAAAUGGUGAGCUCAGGGCUACAUUACUAUUGACCAAAAAUAGAAUUGUUUAAAUGUAGCAGGAAUAUUCCUCGAUUAACAAGAAAUUUAAUUUUAUCUGGGCAUACUCUGGAGUAAUAGGUUUUGAAAAACAAGGGUAUUCACUUUUGUGCUUGAAUUUAAACAUUGUUAACAUGCUUAGACUGUUGCCUAUUUUUUUUUCCAGUAUUUUGAUUGUGAAUUAUUUCUUAACUUUUGCAGUGUUAUAUUUGUAUUAGAGUUCAGGACUAGAGUGAAUUUUUUUUUUUUUACAUUAAUGGAACUUUAAAACCAGUGCAAGAGUAUAAAAAUGUUUUUCAAUACCUUAAUGCAUAAUAGAUCAAGAAGGAACAUGACAUUUAAACAUUGCAAAAUAUAUCUUUGCAAUUUGCAGCUUUGAUGCUCGUUUUUUUUCCUUCAGUUAAUAAGUAGACCGUUAGUAUUUUUGUUAUA